AUGAUACAGAACUCCAACGAGGUCAUGCGCAAUCUGUCGCCGCUGAUGGAGCGCUCUAAGCUGGACCUGGUGUCCACUUCAGACCAGCGCUCUCAGCCCAGACUCCUGCACCUGUCCAUGGGGAGUAUUCUGACCUUGCAGCUGCUCCCAGUCCCGGUGCGCAGUGGGCCCAGUUUAGAUGCUGUGCUGCUUCACAGACCCUAA